AGGGCGGGGGGGCCGGGGCGGCUCUGCUAAUGCUGCGGCGGCUGCAGUAGGGGCUGGAGUGGGCGGCAGGGUUAAAAUUCCACUCCUGGUUUGACCGACACUUGCCUUUCAUCAUGGGGGAGCUUUUCCGAAGUGAGGAGAUGACCCUGGCCCAGCUUUUCCUCCAGUCGGAAGCUGCAUACUGUUGUGUCAGCGAGUUAGGAGAGCUUGGGAAGGUUCAGUUCCGUGAUUUGAACCCUGAUGUGAAUGUGUUCCAGCGUAAAUUUGUUAACGAAGUCAGGAGAUGUGAGGAGAUGGACCGGAAACUCAGGUUUGUUGAGAAGGAGAUUAAAAAAGCGAACAUCCCAAUCCUGGACACCGGUGAGAACCCAGAGGUGCCUUUCCCACGUGACAUGAUCGAUUUAGAGGCAAACUUUGAGAAAAUUGAAAAUGAGCUUAAAGAAAUCAACACAAACCAGGAAGCUCUGAAGAGAAACUUCCUAGAGCUGACCGAAUUAAAAUGUAUACUGCGCAAAACUCAGCAGUUUUUUGAUGAGGCUGAAUUGCAUCAUCAGCAGAUGGCGGAUCCAGACCUGCUGGAGGAAUCAUCUUCGCUCCUGGAGCCAAGUGAGAUCGGAAGAGCUGCCCCUCUGCGACUUGGAUUUGUGGCUGGCGUGAUCAACCGUGAGCGAAUCCCUACCUUUGAGCGCAUGUUGUGGCGAGUGUGUCGAGGAAACGUGUUCCUGCGUCAGGCUGAAAUCGAAAUCCCUCUGGAGGAUCCUGUGACGGGAGACUACGUGCACAAGUCUGUGUUUAUUAUUUUUUUCCAAGGUGAUCAGCUAAAAAAUAGAGUCAAGAAAAUCUGUGAAGGGUUCCGUGCCUCCCUCUACCCUUGCCCAGAGACACCGCAGGAGAGGAAGGAAAUGGCUUCUGGAGUCAAUACCAGGAUUGAUGAUCUUCAAAUGGUGCUGAACCAAACGGAGGAUCAUCGCCAGCGGGUCCUGCAGGCAGCUGCUAAAAAUAUCCGUGUCUGGUUCAUCAAAGUGCGGAAGAUGAAGGCUAUCUACCAUACCCUGAACCUGUGUAACAUUGACGUGACCCAGAAGUGUUUGAUUGCUGAAGUCUGGUGCCCUGUCACUGACCUCGAUUCCAUCCAGUUUGCUCUCAGAAGAGGCACCGAGCACAGCGGAUCCACCGUUCCAUCCAUCCUGAAUAGGAUGCAAACCAAUCAGACCCCGCCAACUUACAACAAAACCAACAAGUUCACUUCUGGCUUUCAGAAUAUAGUAGACGCAUAUGGCAUUGGAACUUACCGGGAGAUAAAUCCAGCUCCGUACACAAUUAUCACUUUCCCAUUCCUGUUUGCUGUGAUGUUUGGAGACUUUGGCCACGGAAUCCUGAUGACGUUAAUUGCCGUGUGGAUGGUGGUUAGGGAAAGUCGCAUUCUGUCACAGAAGAAUGACAAUGAGAUGUUCAACACCAUUUUUACUGGUCGGUACAUCAUUCUGCUAAUGGGAGUGUUCUCCAUGUACACCGGCCUUAUCUACAAUGACUGCUUCUCCAAAGCACUUAAUAUGUUUGGCUCAUCGUGGAGCGUCCGGCCGAUGUUCUCGAAAGGCAACUGGACAGAAGAGUUGCUUCAGAACACCGCUGUCCUGCAGCUGAAUCCUGCCGUGGCAGGGGUCUUUGGUGGACCGUAUCCGUUUGGCAUCGACCCGAUUUGGAAUAUUGCCAGCAACAAGCUGAACUUCCUCAACUCCUUUAAGAUGAAGAUGUCUGUGAUUCUUGGCAUCAUCCACAUGCUUUUUGGUGUCACACUGAGCCUUCUCAACCACAUCUAUUUCAAGAAACCACUGAACAUCUAUCUUGGGUUUAUUCCUGAAAUGAUUUUCAUGUCGUCAUUGUUUGGCUACCUUGUUAUCCUAAUUUUCUACAAGUGGUCGGCCUAUGAUGCUCACACUUCAAAGGAUGCACCAAGCCUUCUAAUCCAUUUUAUCAACAUGUUUCUUUUCUCCUAUGCCGAUCCCAGUAUCAAGAUGCUUUAUAAAGGACAGAUAGGGCUUCAGUGCUUCCUGGUGGUUGUUGCGCUGCUGUGUGUGCCAUGGAUGCUGGUAGUUAAACCCUUGGUCCUUCGCCAUCAAUAUUUAAGGAGAAAGCAUUUGGGAACUCACAACUUCGGUGGGAUCCGGGUGGGCAAUGGACCAACUGAAGAGGAUGCAGAGAUCAUCCAGCAUGACCAGCUUUCUACCCAUUCUGAAGAUGGGGAUGAGUUUGAUUUUGGGGAUACGGUGGUACAUCAGGCCAUCCAUACCAUUGAGUAUUGCCUGGGGUGCAUUUCCAACACCGCGUCCUACCUGCGGCUUUGGGCUCUCAGCCUGGCCCAUGCACAGCUUUCCGAGGUGCUCUGGACCAUGGUGAUCCACAUCGGCCUCAGUGUGAGAAGUUUGGCUGGAGGUUUUGCUUUGUUCUUCGUAUUUGCUGCUUUCGCUACCUUGACCGUGGCAAUCCUUCUGAUCAUGGAGGGCCUGUCGGCUUUCCUUCAUGCGCUCCGUUUGCACUGGGUUGAGUUCCAGAAUAAGUUCUACAUUGGCACUGGAUUCAAGUUCCUCCCGUUCUCAUUUGACAACAUCCGUGAAGGAAAAUUGGACGAUUAGAGCCCCCCUCAGCCUAACUGAGCAGUGUUAGACUUGAACGCUGGUGUGUUGUGCUGUGGUUAGCCCUUGUCCCCUGUGUGUUUGUGUUGUGAAGUUGUGUGUAGCUCCCCUGCCAUGAUGUGCUGCUUCUGAGAAAAUAACUUCUAUUGCAGCUGCCCGAAGUAUCUGUCUGAGGCUGUUAAGUGGAGAGCUGUGACGUCACUGUAGCAAGCUUAGCUGACAUCGCUUCGGAGUCACUGCUUUCCGCCCUGAGCAAACAGCUUGUUUAGUGCUGUACGUGUUUACAGUGGGGGUUGUACAGGAAGUGUCUGGACUUGGUGUAUUUAAUCAUGUAUCGGUUUAUGAUAUUGUACAGUAAUUAGCUCCUUGGCAGAUUCCCGUAAAGCACUGUGGGGAAAAUACAGCCUCCUAUUGCAUUAGGAACAGGACGUGCAAACUUCGGCCUGCCCGUAGCCCAGCUAAUCUGAGAGGGAAGCAUUUAGAGGGAAGAGUCUGAUGUCUUUGCCGCCUCUGUUUAAACAAACUGAGAUCCACUGAUGCACAGAGGGGUCUUGGGGAAAGCUG